AUGGUGACGGCGCAGACCAAAAGGCGAAAUGACGCCUGCAGCCUCCGCAGGAAGGCACUGAAGAAGCUGGAUCCGCUGGUCUCCCCCUGGACAGUAAGGGCUGUGGAGUUCCUCGGUUACCUGCACGGCAAGGAGGUGUCUGGCCUGGUGCGGGAAGUGAUGAUGCCGCAGCUCCUCGUAGUGCUUGAGCUGCCCCAGCUUGUGGCCCAGAUGCACCAUCUGGGCCUGGCCAAGCAGGUCACCCCCAGUUGGUUCUGCCUGAUGCUCAAGCGCUGCCUGGCUCACGCCCACUUGCAGAACCAGCCCAAGCUGCAGCCUCCAGGUCAUCCACUCGUGACUUCUGCAGUGCCGCAGCAACUCCAUAUCUUCCCUUUGUAUCAACCUGUGUCACCUGCCUUGGACUACUUCUACCCGCAGCUUCAGCUGGGAGUGACAGAGCCUGUGCUAGUCACCCAAAUCUCUGACCCACACCAUGUAUAUUGCCAACUGCAGAGCCUGUCCCAGGAGAUCCAUCGCCUUUCUGAUACCCUGUACCAGCUUUAUGAUGGGGCCACUUGGGAGCAGGAUUUUCUACCCAAACUGGGUUCACCCUGUGCUGCUCGUGGCAUUGGUGGCCAGUGGUACCGAGCGCUCCUGCUGGAGGUUGUUGCUGGGGGGCAGGACCAACAAGUGGCCCAGGUGAUUUUUGUGGACUAUGGCAGGGAAGAGUUUGUCCCAGCCACUGACUUGCGCCGUUUGCCCGCUGAAUGUUUUCGCAUGCCAGUGGUGACUUACCCGUGUGCCCUUCAAGGUAUCUCCCAUGGGGGUCAUUGCUGGUCCCCAUCCCAGAUCAACGAGCUGAAAGUGUUGUUGUUAGGCAAGGGAGUGAAUGCUCACAUUGAAGCUUUUAACUCCUUUGAACAUCUCUAUUAUGUGAGCCUGUAUGGUGAAGAUGGCAUGAACCUGAACUGUCUCUUUGGAGUGCAGGCUCGCUGCAUGGCUAGCAGCCUUAUGCAGGUUAGGCAAACUAAAGCUCAGGUGCGGCUGGAAGUAGAAGAACACACAGCUGAAGAGCAGGGAUCACCACCGGGAGCACCUCCUGUUGCUUUAAUGCAAAGACAUUUGGCCUCUGCUCCUGUAGUUGGUGUACGUCUGAAGUGGGGCGCGUUCUAUGAUGCGCAGAUCUCCCAUCUCCGAGAUCCGUCUGAGUUCUGGCUGCAGCUCCAGGAGCAUCACCAGCUCCUCAGCCAGCUUAUGCAGAGUAUGUGGAAUUUUUACUCCCAAACCACGAACCUGGUUGAUGAUACAGAGCACCUGCAGCCUGGAUCCCUUUGUGCCAGCAGGAAAGACAAUGCCUUUCAUCGAGCCGUAAUCACCAGGAUACUGGACAGUGCUGUAGAAAUAUAUCUGAUGGACAGAGGUGCUGUGGAAACUGUAGACUGGUGUGAGGUAAAAGAGCUGCUCCCUCAGUUCCAGGAACCACCUGCGUUAGCUCUGAAGUGUUGUUUGGCAGGUACCUCCCCAGUGAGGGGAAGCUGGAGCGAAGAGUCUGUGUCUGCCUUUAGAAAGAUUGUGCUGAACAAGGAAUUGAGGAUUCGUGUUUUGGGCACACAGGGGGACAAAUACGUGGUUGAAAUUCUUGACCAAUCUCAAUUAGGAGAGAAAAGUGUAAGUAAAAUCAUGACCAAGGGAGGAUAUGCUAAAUACGAGAGCUCUGAAAUAGGUGAGACGCUACAAAAAUCACCUGAUCAGGCUGCAAGGCAUGGUUCACCUGCAGGAUGUGCUGGGGAGGAAAACCAAAUAAAUAUAGCGGAGAGACUUGGAGGAGAAUCUGAUCCAAAAAGAAAUGAUAGAGCAUUAAAUCCUUGUAUGACUCAGACGGUCAAAGAUGGUCCUGUUGCCGUUCACAGUUCAAAAAUGAGUAAAUCUGUGCCUGCUGAGAAAAAGUGGGAGGGUACGCAAAACUUGCCCUCUUCUCUUGCACAGAAUUAUCUGGAAAUGACACCAGGUUCUUAUGGAGGUCAAUUAGAGGUUGGAAGUACAGUUAAUGUAGUUGUAUCAUAUGUGGAAAGUCCUGGUUAUUUUUGGUGUCAACUAAGUAGAAAUUGUCAUGACCUUAAGGUACUAACGGCUGAAAUUCAGCAGUAUUGUAAGAAUUCAUCUCAACCACACACCUGGUCAAAUCCUGUAUGUUUAGCCCAGUACUCAGAGGACGAAAAAUGGUACAGGGCUCUAAUUGUUGGUGAAGUUACUUCUACAGAACAAGUAGAAGUAAUAUAUGUUGACUAUGGCAACAGAGAGUUGGUCUCUAGAACAAAUCUCCGUUCAACUAAUGAAAACUUUCUUAACCUAAAGGCUCAGGCUUUCAGGUGCAGCCUUUACAACUUAAUCCAACCAAACGGUCAGGAUCCUUUUGUUUGGGAUGAAAAAGCAGUUCUGGCAUUUCAGGAGUUUAUCGAUGCCUCAUCAUGUCAGUUGGAACUGAAGUGCACGAUAUUUGCCUUGGCUUCGAUAAACAAUAAAGAACUAUUUAACAUUGUGGACUUAAUGACACCUUUUCAGAGUGCUUGUCAGUUUCUGAUAGAAAGAGGUUUGGCUAGACCCUUAUCACCUCAAAAACCUCUGGCAUCCUCUGUUCAGCUUCAUUCUUACUAUUAUUCGAUGCACGAUAUCAAAAUUGGGAGCGAGGAAGACGUUUAUAUUACGCAUGUUGAUGAUCCAUGGAAAUUUUACUGCCAGCUUGCAAGAUGUGCAGAUGUCUUGGCACAGCUUACAGAAAACAUUGGUCAUCUAAGUAAAAUAGUGACCAGUUUAAAAGCCUCGCAGAAUUCUGGGAGUUUGUGUCUUGCAAGGUAUACUGACAAUCACUGGUACAGGGGAGUGGUUACAAAAACAAAACCUAAUAAGGAAAUCUUCUUUGUGGAUUUUGGGAACACAGAGAUGGUAAAGAAAGAAGAUCUGCUUCCUAUACCCAGUGGUGCUUAUGACGUCUUGCUGUUGCCAAUGCAGGCCAUAAAAUGUUCUUUAUCCGAUAUAUCUGCUGUUCCAAAAGAUGCUACAAUGUGGUUUAAGCAAGCUGUCCUAGAAAGGCGAUUAAAGGCAAUAGUGGUGGCAAAGGAAUCUGAUGGUAAACUGUUGAUUGAGUUGUUUGAUGGUAAUACUCAAAUUAAUGCAAAAUUGAAGGAAGGGUUAAGAUUAACAAACAGUGCAGAGCAGUGUAGGCAUAUAGAAAAUGAAACUUUAAGCCCUAGAAAUACAGAUGUGAAAGAGAAAGAUGAGACUGCAGAAUUUCUGUCUUUGUACGCAGGAAAGCUUCUUGAAAGAAAAAAAUGGAGCCCUGAAGCCCAAGGUGGAGAGGGGAGUAGCAAAAUGCACUUAAAACAGAAAGAUAUAAACCUCUUCCAGACUGCUACAAAGAGAGAACUGGCAGCUGAAUUACUGGACUCUGAAAAGUAUAGCAAUACUAAAGAUGCUUUGUUAUUUAAUAAAGUGGAGGAUAGAGACUGCUUUUCCUCUGUCAAGAAAGAUAAGCCAUCAUAUGUUAAAUCUGAUAGUGAAAGCCAGCGUAUGCCAUUUAAACACAUAUCUGAUCUACCUCAGAAGAACAUAGUGCCAGCUCUCAAAGUGUUAGUGUAUGUUUCUCAUGUUAACGAUCCUUCAGAUUUUUAUGUUCAACUGGUAAGCGAUGAGUCUCAACUCAACAGUAUUUCGGAAAGCUUAAACAGUAAGACAAGAGUGGAGAACCCUUGUGGACAACUCUUGCAAGCAGGAGACUUAAUCAGUGCUGUUUAUUCAGAAGACAGCUUAUGGUAUAGAGCUGUAGUAAAAGAGAAGACUUCUGAUAAUUUGAUUAGUGUACAUUAUAUUGAUUAUGGUAAUACUUCAGUGAUUAACGUUGAUCAAGUAUGUAGACUCCCUGAAGACUCAUCGUCUAUUCCAGCAAUAAGUAUUCACUGCUUACUAGGUGGACUUAAAUGUAAAAAAACUAAAGAUUGGGCAGAAAAAACAAUGCUUUACUUCUCCCAGAGAACAAGUGACGUUCAGAUAACGUGUGAGUUUGUAGAGAAAAUUGAGGAUCAGUGGGAAGUUAUUCUCAGUGAUGAUCAAGGUGUAAUAACAGUGGAUUUAGUUAAUGAAAAUCUUGCAAGUAGGGGAAGCUCUCAUUCAACAGAAGUACUUGACAAAAUAGAAAACAAUGCUGAAGCGGUGAAUGUGUGUGAGCCUUUGCCUCCUAAUGAACGAAACGAAAUUUCCAACGUAAGUGAUUCUACAUCAUUUCUCUGGAAGAUACCGGAGGCAGGUCAAACUGUAAAAAUUUAUGUUACAGUAGUGAAAGGUCCAGAAUAUUUUUGGAGUCAGGGUGCUAAUACAGAAAACAUAAAAUACAUAGAGGAAAAAAUAAAGGAAGCUGAAAAUCUUGGACUAAGCUCCACGAAUGAUUGCAGAUCUCUUAUUAAAACUGGUGAUAUUUGUAUAGCAAAAUACAGUGAAGAUGGGAAGUUCUACAGAGUGAAAGUCAGCGACAUGAAAGGUGACAAUUUAGUUGUUAGAUAUGUGGAUUAUGGAACUGAGGAAACUGUUAGCAUGGAGAUGGUCAGGCAAAUUCCAAGUGAAUUGCUCAGAAUACCUAAUCAAGCAUUUCCUUGCUGUCUGUCAGGAUUUAAUUCCUCAGAGGGCUCAUGGCUUAGCGAAGCAGAAGAUAAGUUCUACGAUAUGACUGUAGAACUCUUAUUAGAAGCUAAAGUAAUGGAAACUCGGGAAGAUGAAGGUUCUGAAGUUCCUCUGUCUGUUGUCAAGCUGGAAACUUGUGGGAAGAGUAUUAAUGAAGAGAUGAAAUGUUUUUGGAAGGUCAAUACAGGAACUGGUUUCCCAUCUUUCUCAAACCUGGAGAACCCGUUAAAGGAGAACAUGGGCUCAAGUAAUAACUCGGAUCUUUGUCUUGAAAAAGAAACUGUUGCUACUUCUAGAGUACUUCAGGAAGAAGAUAAAAGUGCUGUGCAGGGUGCAUUACUUUGUUCUGAAUGUCUCUUGGAUGCAACUUCUGUGCGUUCAAAUAACGUAGAAGCAAACGUUUCAGUGGAAGCUGUUGAAGAACAUAUGUCUGUGAAAGCUGACGAUGAGUGUAAAACAGCUGAACAUCAAAACAACUUUGAUAAAGACACCCCUCUAUCUGAAAAAGAGAGUGAUAAUGAAGUAUCACUAGAACCAACGCAAUGCUGUUCUUUGUGUGUUUUGGGGAGUGACAUGAAAGCUGCAGAACAAGAGUUACCUGAAGUACCACUUGUAGAAGAUGAUGAACUGAAAGCAGAUCUGAUUGGCAUUGCUUCAGCAGUGAAUCUUCUCCUGGAAAAUAAACAAGAAGAAUUGCUAGGAUGGCCAUUGUUCCAGGUACAGCCUUCUUUGGGGGAUGAAACGGCGUCGUUACUGGAAUUGGAACAAUUACAAAUGCACUCUUCGUAUGAUGAUCUAAAAGAGUUCAUAUUGGAGCUAGAGUCGCUUUCAGUGCAGUGCUCCGUUGGUGAAAAAACAAAGGAGGCUUUAGAGCUAGAAUCACUUGAAACGCAGACAACUUCAGGCAGCGAAGCACAAGAGAAAAUGUUGGAACUGGUAUCACUUGAAGUGCCACUCUUGAAUGAUGAGACAGGGGAGGUGAUAGCUAUGAAAUCUUUUGAAAUAUCACUACCACUUUCUGAGAGAGAGAACUUGAUGUCUUCAGUUAGUGAUGGAGAGAAGACCUUGGAGUUAUUUCCAUCUGAUGUACAACUUUCUUUGGGAGAUAAGAAACAGGCUCUGGAAUUGGAUUUGCCUGGGGUUCAUGAAGCAGAAGCUAUGCAAAGUGAUUGGAUGGAAGUAGAUCCUACCCUGAUGUUGUCUUCAUUUGGUGGUGGAGCUGAGAAACAAAUGGAACUAGAGACCCAUGACAUACAGUCAGUGCUAGGUGCUGAAAUUAAACAGCUUCUAGAGUUGGUGCUGCCUGAUGUGCAGCCUCCUCAGGAGGACAGAGAUGAGGACUUGUUAGGGCUGGAACACACAGCGUUGCAAACUUCGGCAAAUAGCAGAAGUCUCUUUUCGUGCCUUAAGACAGACUUGGCGAAUCAGAGGCCUGUUUGCACUGUAAAAUUAUGUGACUGCAACAUUGAGAAAUGUGAAGAAUGGCAAAAAAAGCAAGAUGACCAUUCUGUGGAAGAAUGGAUGAAACAAGACUUGGUUGACUCAUUUAAAGAAUGUGGAAGUCAACUUCUAAAUGAGCAGUCUUUAGACUGUAAGCCUGUGGGUGAAGAAAUAGAAAAAAAGCAAAAUGAAAACUUGGCUGACUGCUGUGCAGAGCACAGUGAAUAUACUUGUAAUCUAAAGGGCUUUGCGAUCGGUUCCAAAUGCAUGGUGUGGACAUCUCUGAAGUGGUGUGAGGCUCGCAUUCUGGAGGUAUCUGAAAAAGGUACCAGGGUUUUGAAUCUGUCCAGUGGCAGUGAGGAGACUGUGGAUCCUGAGAAUGUGUGGAAUGGUAUUCCUGACUGGGCUUGCAGAUCAUCUGAGGCAGUUGCCCAUGCAACAGAUAACUUGGAGUCCUUACGAGAGGAGUCAGUGCUUCAAGGUAAGACUACUUUCGGUCUACCAAAGGGUUUGUGUACUCUAUCUUUGGAUGCUUUCUAAUUUUCCAGUAUAUAUUCUAGGAAACUCAUUUGAAAUGCCUUUGCUGUAUUUUAUUUAAUCUAAUACUGUGUCUGUAAUUCUUUUAGUGACUUUAGUUCGUAUACUGUCACAGCUUAACAGUGAUUAUAGGCAAUGAAAACUACUACUGUGUCUUGAGUAGAAAUUGGUUUAACAUGUAUUUGUUCAGCCUAGUGGAUUGAGCCCUGUGGACAAGCUGGGGAGGUAUGCUCAGAGUAUAGGUUCUUGUAGGGCUUUGGGCAUGGGCUACCACCAUGCUUCCCCCCCUCCACACGCAUUUCUGAGGCAGGAUGACUGACUGCUGGACAGAAAUGUUAAAGAUUGCAGUUUUGGACUCGAAUGCCCAAAUCCUUUAGUGGGUCCUGGUCUCUGACUCUAAAACUGAAGUAACACCAUCUUAAUUGUUGCAAAGAUAGUUUGUGAAUAGCGCAUGUAAAUCUUCAAUGCUACUUGGAACUUUGGAAUGUUACUGAAGAACCCAAGUAUCUAUUUUGUGUACCAGAGAAGUCAGUAGAGGCUUUUUUUGGUUGCGCGCUAUUCAUAUAACGCGUAGAACCACAGAGUAGUUGAAGUUGGAAGGGAUCAUUUGUCUAACCCGCCACCCCAAGCAGGGUCAGCUACACCAGGUUGCUCAGAGCCAUGUCCAGUCAGGUUUUGAAUAUCUCCAAGGCUGGAGACUCCACAACCUCUCUGGGCAACUUGUUCCUGUAUUUGACCAGUGUUUGCCUGAAGGAGACUAAAUUAACCUUAUGUAAUUAUGUACUUACCUUAUGUAAGUACCACUUGCAUUUUCAGUGACUGAAUUGGUAACUGUAUUUACAUACAGCUGUGUUAAGAGCUGUCUGGUUUAUAGCUGUCUGUUUCCGUUUCAAACGUAUGUUUUGUGGGUUCUAUACCACUUCCAUACUUUUUCUUCUUGAUGCUGACUACUGUUGUCUAAAACCGACCUCUGUAUGCUCUUACAUAUUCCAUGUAUUUUUUUUACCUUAUGCACCCUCUCAGCAAGUUUUUCCUACUAAAUUUAAGCCAAAGUCACGUACCCAUAAUGCACAGAAUUGAAUUUUGCUGAACACCUGGCCCAUUGACUGUAAAGACAGUUUAAACAUAACAUAUUCAGUCCACAGAAUGCAAAAAAAACUCCUGCAAUGGCUCAUGUUAAGCCUGCUGAGGGAUGGAAUGGCUUAACUCGGAACUGGUGUCUGGGAACAGUGCUCACUUAAUCUGCUUGGGCAUUUGAUUAUUUAAACUGUCUUGGAAUAGUUUUUCAUUAUACAAUAACUUUUCAGAAAGGUAGUCUUUAUACGUAGGUAAGUCUGAAGGUUUGUAGAGCUAUGUUUUUUAGAUAUUAAUGCAUUUGCAUAAGCUUCUAGAAAUGUGUAAUCUUUUUUAUUCCUUCUAGAAAAGCAAACUGGCUGCAGUUCAGAUUUAGCUGAAGAUCCUUGUGUCCUCCAGCAUUCCUGAAACUGGGUGACAUUACUUGUCCACCACGAUGCUGAACAAGUACCCAUGUACACAAACAUUCCUCUGAAAAUGUACUUUUGAGAGAACAAGACUAUAAGCAAAUAGCAACAUUCUGAAUGUUUCUCUUAUGUAAUUGAACAAAUGCCUGUCACUACCAUACUUCUCUGUCAAAGCACAGUGCUUGUUGGUAGACCGUUUUGUUGUCAGCUUGGCAUCUUAACAAAGCUGUCCUCUCUUUACUUAACUAAGAAUAUGCAGCCUUUGACUGGCUUUUCUUACUGAAUGUUUGUGUGCAUGAACUUGUAUUGAGCUGUUAGUGGGCUUUCCUUGAACAAAGGUUUCUUGUGAGCUACUGUAUAGGCUACUGUGUUGCACAAUACUGCUUUCUGAUGUUCACUUUCUGAAAAGUUGUUGUGGUAAGAUAGUUUUGUUUUUUUUUUUAAAGCUGAGGGUAUUUUGGGUUUUUUGUCUCUUGGAAGAGACAAAAUCUAGUUUUGGUUUGAAAAAUAGUAUUUUGGUUUGAAGUCCAAAAUAGUUAUUUUGGUUUGGUGCUCCCACUAAGCAAUGGAAGAAGCUAGAAUAAAGCUUGUGCUGG